AUGGACCCCUUAAGUGCGGGGGUGUUCGCCAGUAUUGGCAGUGCUUUCAAGUUUGCUGACGUAGCUGUACGGGUCGCAGAAGUCGGAAGCGAGAAUGCGGUGUUCGUACGCGCAAUAUGCGUUGUGCGCUCAGACCUCGAAGAAGUCGAACGACUUUUGAGUUUGGGGUCGAUCCAAACGAAGCUGAAAGGCACACCCGGGAAAGUCCCCUGGGUCAAGAACGCAAUCCAGAACACGAGGUGUGCGCUCAACGAGAUCGGUAAAUGGGUUGAACGAGCGCGAGUCGAACAGGAAACCACAGGUUCAAUCAAGUUCGAAACGAGAAUUCGAUGGGUGUUCAACGACCACGAAAAGCUUCUCAACCGCAAAACAGAGCUUACUACCUGCCAUCAGCAGCUUUCAAACGUCCUCGGGUAUCUGGCGGGCCUAGAAGAUAUACCGAUGAACCCUCCGUUGUUAGGUUUGGAAGAUUCCACGCACUUUGACGACAUCUUAGCCAGACACAAUAGGCUGAGUAGACCAACAGCGUCGAGGACUAGUCUGAAGACAAUCCCAAAAGUGCAACAUGAAGCCUUAGCACAUGUAAAUAAGGCAAGGCCGGAGUCUAAUUCACUUGAUCGACCGCCCAAUGUGUGGAAUUCACCUAAACAAGUACCUACCACUGCAUAUGAGCAACAUGGUUUCGAACAGUCUCCUUCGAUAUCGUCAUCACUGUCCCCUCCCUGCAGCCCACCGCCAGCAUAUACAACUGCAGUCUCGCUCGAUCCAGUACGCCAUGACGUGCAUUCAGGCUCUUACCCAUGGAAUACAAUCGAGAAGGACGUCGCUGCCACUCGGUCUGUUGGGAAGAGAGAUACGUUGGAUACUUCCUAUGACAAUAUUUGGGCCUGUAAAAGUGACCCUGUUAGCAUGACUGUUCCAGAGCUGGCUGGAGAUACUAUCGUGUUCAGUGCGACUAAUUCAGCAGGACCUGUCAACCCAUACGAGCUGUGUGCGAGUACAGUGAAGCCAACCUCAGGUGGCAGUCGAGCUGCCCAACGACCGCAUGAGAACCUUGCAGAGAUGCUAGGUGACCUUCACUUCCGUGCUGAACUACCCAACAAUGUUAUUAAUCCACCACCGAGACACUCCCCACGGUCACGAGCAGAAUUUGAGCCAGUCGAAGCGGUCCAGUCGAAGAGGAGGACGACUUCGGAAACACCACCCAGGGUGCACCGCCGCCCUCUCCCAGCAAGUGCACUAAGCGAUUCCCUACUCACGGUGCAUGAGCUUCCAUCGGUACUUACAACACACCACAAAAUGCCGCCGUCAUCGUAUCAAGAUUCCCGUGCGGCCAUCAAGGAUUCUUAUGACAGUGAGCUAUUUCUCUGGAACCCGCAUCAGCCGCACAUAAAACAGAGACCUGUAUCCUCCAUUGCAAUGCAGUCGCAUGAGAAGAAGGCAGCUUCAGUCUCGGAUUUGAGUAGAUACUCUGCACCCCCACCGAUGGCAUCGGCACGUAAUGAAUACGCUACUGCAUCUUCCGCGGAUUCGACUACCUCACGGGGACUUCAUACAAAGCCAGAGGUGCCUAGAGCAUUCAGUGCACCUAGCACACAGGACCCAACGACGUACACCAGGAUGCAAAGUCAGAAGCGGAUAAUGGAUCUUCUGAGCAGCAUUGACACAUGA